CAAUGAGGAAUAGUGUAGCCAGGUCGUGUCUCGAGUACAAUCCGACGCCAUUUCUCUUUCCUCGUCAGAGAAGUUGCCGAGAUCGUCUGAAUCAUGUCUGACGUUGAAACCGACGAUGUAUCCUCAGCGGUGACCUGUGGAGGUCCCAUGGAUGUCAAUACUGCACUCCAGGAAGUCCUCAAAAAUGCACUCAUUCACGACGGUGUCGUUCACGGUCUCCAUGAAGCUGCCAAAUGCCUUGAUAAGAGACAAGCUAUGCUCUGUAUCUUAGCUGAAAAUUGUGAUGAGCCAAUGUAUAAGAAGCUUGUACAAGCUCUUUGCAACGAGCAUCAAAUCUCUCUUAUCAAAGUGGACAAUAACAAAAAGCUUGGCGAAUGGGCAGGUCUCUGCAAAAUCGACAACGCUGGCAAAGCACGUAAAGUUGUCGGCUGCUCUUGCGUUGUAAUAAAGGACUUUGGUGAGGAGACUCCCGCCAAGGAUGUGCUUAUGGAAUACCUGAAACGAAAUUCUGUACACUAAGAUUCUUUUAAUAAAAUAUCAAACACCUCAAAA